UCGGAUGUAACCGCGCGCGCGCUUCGCUCUCACCGGGGACCGAAAUCCCGCUUUGGUUUUGUCGGAUUACAGCAGAUCUCAUGUUUUAUUCCUGCAGUCUGAUGCGGAGAAAUGGGUAAACUCCAUUCCAAACAUGCUGCGAUCUGUAAACCGAGGGAAAGCCCGGAAGGAGACAGUUUUGUAGUGAAUGCCUGCUUGGCCAGAAAGGGACUGGACGACUGGCUGGUGAAACAGAAGUAUUACUGCAGCGCGAGCGCGCGGCUGGAGCCGCAGGACGGUCCGCAGAAAUCCAACUGCGGGACAUCAGCGAGGGACCCUUUGAAGGAAGCUUGUGCUGAGGGCAUUAGUGAUGAACAAUAUCGCUUAGAAGUAGCCCUGCCCCCUGAGAAGAUUGACAGCUGCAGCGCAGAAGAGAAGAUGCAGGAGAAGGAAAGUUGUGCACCCACGGGUCCAAAUAAACAACUACAGUUUGAGGAGUUGGAGUGUGCAGUUUCAGUGGAGGAGGAUAACAGGCAGGAGUGGACCUUCACCCUGUAUGACUUUGACAACAAUGGAAAAGUCACAAGAGAGGACAUCACGAGUUUGCUGCACACCAUCUACGAGGUGGUGGAUGCUUCGGUGAACCACUCGCCCAGCAGCAGCAAAACGCUUCGCGUGAAGCUCUCCGUCACACCCGACGCCAGCCAGAGGUGGAGGAACAACAGUAGCACUCACGCCAACACAGACAUGCCACACCCCAGACUGAAGGCUGAAAAGUGCUUUGAGGAGCCAAAAAGCUCGGAGAAGAAGUCCAGAGCCCUUCUGAGGCGUCAUCACAGUGACCAUCACACACAGCAGGGCUGCCAGAGACACUGCGUCGAUGAAAACCUGGAGAGAAGGAAUCAUUAUCUGGACCUGGCCGGCAUUGAGAACUACUCCUCUCGCUUCGGGACAGCCGCGCCCGCUGCCGAGCCGCCCAAACCCGAGCACACGUCUCGCCCGUCCAAUCAGACUCGCUCACGCUCUCAAGAGCCCGACAACGCCCCGCACAGCCACCCGCCCCACCACCAUCGGCGCUCUCACACCAUUUCAACUGAGACCCCCGCCCUCCAGGACAGCCUCUGUCUCCGCCCCCGAGCCCAGGACUCCGCCCACCAUGCUCAUGCCAUACGAUCACCCAAAACCCAACUUUCCUGCGGCAGAGUGACGAAGCGAGGCCCCGUUCCUCCUUCUGCGUUACCUGCCAGCGCCACGCCCCAUCAGAGCUCGGCACCUUACCGGCGACACAAGCAGCGGCCCAGGGAAGGGCCUCCGGCACGAGGAGCCGGGCCACCGGGACGUGGGGCCGGGCCAGUCGUGAGUUCAGGGCCGGUGGUGGAGAAGGAGCAGGUGAGGGAGCUCCCGAGCGUCGUGCUGUACGAAGGCGGCCUGGCGCAGGUGGUGCAGCGACACGAACACCACCACCAUCACGAGCACCAUUACCACUACCACCAUUUCUAUCAGUCGUAAGCGAAGCGCGCGAGACGAAGAGCAGGAGUGACCUUGAUUGACAGCAGUGCGUCUUUGUAUGUGUAUAUAAGAAGGCGAGAGGUUUGAUGAGACUGAUCUGCAGGCUAGGAAAGGGCUAUAUCUCUCUCUUUCUUUACUUUCUCUUCCUCUUGGAUUUAAAAAAAAGUGACAACUUUUUCGAGACAUGCCAUGGGGUUAGAGGUCAUGGAGUUUGUUUUUUUUUCCCUGAAUCACGUGAGAUCGAUCGAGUUGAAUAAAAAUGAUGUGAAGUCCCUUAAAAGGGUUACGACUGUUAAAUGAAGCAUUGUGAACUAUGAAGGAAAGGGAGAGAUAGAUAAUCUCCUUUGUUUGUGUGUGUAUAUGUGUAUGAGUGUGUAUGUAUGUCCUACGUAUGCAUGUAUGUACAGUAUACUGUAUGUGUGUGCCUAAAUUGCCUACGGUGUCUUUCUGACGCUGAUCCUGUGUUGUUGCGACUCCAUAAUAACCACUUGAAAAAGCACUUGUUGUGCGGCUCCAUCGGUUCUGUAAAGGACAGACGGAUCAGACCCAAUACCCUUCAUGCAAUACAGGACUCGGCUCCAGAGACUGCGAGGAAAAACAAAAUACGAAAUGCGGAGAAUGAAGAAAUCCUAAUCUGCUGCUACCUCUAGUAUUAUUAUAAUAAUUGUUGAAAAAAUGAUCAUUUAGAUAGUAUUUUUUAUUUUUUUUUUUUUUUUACUAUUACACCACCGAUCUCCAGUUAUGCCAUUUUUAAAAUCGCAUACAUAUGCUACAGACUUUGUUGUAUGUACCUGUUUAACGACAAAAUAUACCGUCGACAUUGUAAGCUCUCUGAAUAAUGCGAUCUUUUUAUUCGUUCUGUAAAAAUGUUUGUUCUUUCUCAGCCCUCGAUCGAAUUCGGCAUCUCAAGUAUUUUAUUAUUAUUAUUAUUAUUAUUAUUAUUAUUUGUAAAGACCACUAAGUAUGAAAGAUUUCUAGCACAGUGAAGUGUAGUAUAUGAUGAUAUAUGUAUAUAUACUGUAUGAAGAUUUGCCUUUUCAAGCAUUUUGAUUCUGUUCAGGUGUGAGUGGGUGGGUGAGUGCAAAAGUUUGUACACUCUUGGAAAAACGUGUCUCACACACACAAACAAAGAAAUGUGUUUUACUGACCUACCUACCUACCUGCAAGAUAUUUAUGGUGUUCAGUUUCACACACGUUCCGUCAUUAUCCCAGAAAACAUGGUAGGAUAAGAUAAUAAACAAAGAAAAGGGUAUCAGUUCAAAAGUUUGUACCCCUCUUUCUGAAUGUGAUAUAAACACCACAUUCUCCAAACAUUGCCACAAUUUAUUCCUUUUAACAUCCUUUUAGCAUCUUUAUUAUUCUCUCUAUCAACUCUUAUAACAUUCAGAAUUUUUAUAGAUAUAUAAAAAAAAAUGAAAUUGUUCCAUGAGUUUACAGUUUAUUUUUAACCCAGAAACCAUGGGUGGGGGGGUGCAAACUUUUGCACUAAUGGAAAAAAACAACCCAGUGUGCUGGAAACGCAGUGUGUGAAUGUGUGUUUGGGGGUUAUUUAGUUCGUGUGUGUGUGUGUGUGUGUGUGUGCGCACAUUAUAGGAGUUCACUGAAGGAUAAAUUUUACUGUUUGAAUUCCACAAAACAUUUCUGAUUAUUUAUGUUUUCAAAGUAAAAAAAAAAAUCCACAUCGGAAUAUUUAAGAUCCCACGUCCUUUUUUUUUUUUUUUUGUGGCCUAAAAAAAUU